UUUCCUUCUACAAUCUAACAACUGCCAGCAGCAGCUGAAGGAGGGAACUGUCUGGCUAAGGCGGUUUCCAUUCAAGCGUUCAGGCACAUGAAUAGAAGACUCCCCGCACCCUCCCUUGCUGAAUGAAGGAAGAAUAUCAGCAUUUAUGCUGUUAAAUCAGUCUGUCAGCUGGCAUCUCAAGAGCCGGAAUAAGAGUCGCCUCUGCCUAUCACGCAGCAAAACAUUUACUUCAAGAGCAGAGAAGGAGAAAGUGCACUUCGCGUGCUUGUUCGAAAGAAGAUAUUCGAGCUCCAGCAGUAAGACAGCAAAUAUUUCUUCCAAAGACCUAGCUAGUGGGGGGAGAUGUUCCUAGACAAAUUCUCAGCAAGUCCAAGGUCUAAACCAGAUGCUCGAAUGAUUAGCCCCACCAAUCCUGCUUGCUAGGAAAGAAAGGAAGAGUUUUUAACUGAUCCUAAUGACAGAAUCAGUUCAAUGUGGAAAGUGGAAAAGACCCCGUUUUUUUCCAAACUCUCCUUCAUCUAAUCACUGACACCCAUAACUCUGGAGAGUGGAGAUCAUCAACCAUAUUAGCAAGAGAUAAAACAAGCUUGCCAGAUCACCCAGGAAUAAAUCAUCUGGAACGUGAUAGGUUGGCAGAAAAUUCACUUCCUUUGUUCAAAAAUGAAAGCCUGUAUAGAGCUAAGCCUGGCAGCAACUUAGAUCUGUCAGUUCCAGAAGAGGACUAAAGAGAUUUGGGCAAAUUAAAACUCUGACAGCAUAAGAAGUUAUAACAACAAAAAAUAGUCUCUAACAGGGGCAUGUGAGAAAUUACUUCCAAAGGCUCCUGUAGAGCAGUUUGCUUAACCAAGAGGAGUGAAGGUCUCAUAACCAACACAACUGUGCUUUCUCUACAGAACUCUGGGCAGAAUUCACUUUCAGGUGUAAAUUCCCUUUCUGGAUUUUCUUCAUGAAAUGGGUGAAGGAAGGCAACAUUUUAACGGUGAAUAGAGAAAAUGGACAAAACCUGAGAGUGAGCAAUGACUGAGAUUUAUUUUAAAUACCGUGGAAAUCUUACUGGCCGUGUCCACUUGCCAACCCUGUCUACAGAAGUAAACACAACAGCAGAUAAAUAUGCCAACCUGUACAUGUACGUUGGCUUGUUCCUAACACUCCUGGCCAUCCUUCUCAUACUGCUCUUCACCAUGCUCUUGCGCUUGAAGCACGUGAUCUCCCCAAUCACCACCUCUCCAGAAAGCACAGAAAAUGUUCAGCAGUUUACGGAUGUAGAAAUGCACAGCAGGAUUCCUAGCAUUCAAUAAGACAGAAGCAAGAGGAAGGAGUUGCAUGGUUCACAAAGCACCUUUUGUUUGGCAAAAUAUGCAUGUGCUUUGUGGGGAGGAGAACCCCCACCUGCCCAUUCUGCUCUGCAAUGUACUGCACCUGAUAGGGCAGUAUCAUUUGACUCAUUUGUGAAUUGACAGUCAUAAGAUAUCCAGUAGGCUUAGGACACUCCUGCCCCCUGAAGACUGCAAGCAACAUGUGUUGAGAAGUUUGGUUUCUAGGAGAAUAUAGAGCACACGUCCUAAAUAAAAUCUAGACCACAGAAGUCCCGUUGCUCUCAGGAGAGACUCAGCUCCUCCUGAAAAGUUUUAAUGCAAAUGAUAAAAGCUACUAUAAUGACAGCCAAAAAAACAAAAACUUACAAGAAUAUUUUCUGAAAGAUGUAUUUGCUGAGUUAUCUUCCCCUCUAUUGCUAGAGGAGAGUCCUCGCCUGAUAAGAGACUUGAACUCAAAGUUAAUUUGUGGCGCAGGCUCAAAGAGCCCACAGGGCACAUAUGAAAAAUGAAUAGUGGUGUGAAAAUCCCCAGACAUCCAUCCCAUUCAAGAAGGAAAAUCUUAAAUGGUGUUUUUUUCCACUUGGAAUAGCACAUUUGCAAAAUGCAAUUUUGGAAAUAGAGACGUGUUCCUGCUAUAAGGCCAAUGUGCAUCAUAUACUGGGGCUAUUACUUUCAGACAUUAAGAAUCAAACAAACAGUAAUAGUGCAUUCCAAUUAUCAGAAGGAGGCAGUUCAUUCAGAAUGAAAGAAAAUAAAAGGUAAAGGUAUGUGCAUGAAACAAGCAGCGUGUGUCAUAUUCAGAAGAGACACUGCCUCUGGAUCCCUGCCCUUCCUUCACAGGAAUUGCAUUCCCUAAAACUAGGUUCAUUUCUUUCAGCUUUCCCAAUGCCACUCUGUAAUUCAAAUACUAUUUAAUGUUACUGAAUUAAGUGGACAUUGCUAACAGUGAUAAGGUUGUUCUGAAUUUGGACCUCUCUCUCGACUCCAUGUAGUUUCCCCCCCAGAAACACGCCAAAACUCCCAAUACUUUUCUCCCAAGGAUACGGGGACAGGGGAGAAGGGGAAGGGAAGAGAAUGCCAAGACCCGACACUGCAAUAAUAAAUCAGCAUACACAGCUCUGUACUCUGGAGUUAUCCUAAAUGACCAACUAGUGUGCUUACAAAAUUAAAGGAAAAUAUGAGCACUGAAAUAGGAGAGCAAGAUUCCAAUUGAUCAACUGGAACAGUAAGAAAAAAAUAUCUAACAUUAUGAAACAAUAUGUUGGAAACGUCCUUUUAAUGUCUCUCUAUAUAAACAUAUAAUACCCUAUGUAAAAAAAUAAGGACUUUCUUCACAUGGAUCAGAAAAAUGGCAAUCAAAUAUAGCAUCUCACUUCUGUUGAGCCACUAUCUCUUGUAACGGCACUUUUUAGACAGGGAUAAUUUUAAACUCAUAUGUACUGGGCAGGUGCUUCCCCAUGGAUUUUAACUAGCACAUCUUACCUCCUUUGCUCCUAUCUAAAUCUAGCCUUGUGAUAAAGCUCCCUUGUGCUUUCCACUUUAUAUACAAUUAUUUGCCAAUUCUGCUCUCUCCAAGGGCCUGGAAAGUGAAAACUCCCCACACACAGUGCUAAAAUUAGCAAUGGCACUGACUCUACAGACCUGUAACAACAAUAAGAACUUGUUCUUCCAAUGCUUCGGGAAUUGUGGUUUCUUUGUCCUUGUCGGUCGGUUGUUCGGUGGGUUGUUUUUGACUAGAAGUCUGGCUUCUUUAUCUCUCUAUGGGGAAGAACAAGAUGCUAAAACCACACUGGUCAUGAAUGGUCCACAGCAAGGAUUAGCAAUUAUUGUCACUGCUGUUUUGACUGGAAGACUGUUUAAAGCCUCUUUCUCCACAUAGAAUAGCAUCUUUUGUACUCAAUGUACUCCACGAGAUGCAGGCUCAACAUGGAAAACGGUUAGUGCAGUAACUAUGUAAGCAAACACAACAUCCAAUAUAUUACAGCAAUAUCUCCCACACAGUCUUGGACAUUAGACUGUAUUUGCCUGGAAAAGAAAUGUAGGCCAGGUCAUAGGUUAUUCUGUACUCUUGUGCCAUGGGAUCAUCACUUGAGCAUCUACUAGACCAGUGGUUUUCAAACUUUCUUUCUGGCAACGCAGUUGAAGAAAAUUAUUGAUGCCAAUGAGCAAUUCAGAGUGUGGGAGG